AUGCAGCUUUGGCUUCAGCUCCCAGCAUCCAAUGUGUGGUCAGCCUUAUCUACAUGCCUGAUCUGCAAGGCCUACGCAGGAAGUAACAUCAGCAGAUAUGUUUCCAAGGUGACCAUCUUAACAAGACGUGCUUCUCCAGACGUGCUUCUCCAGACGUGCUUCUACAGACGUGCUUCUCCAGACGUGCUUCUACAGACGUGCUUCUCCAGACGUGCUUCUACAGACGUGCUUCUCCAGACGUGCUUCUCCAGACGUGCUUCUACAGACGUGCUUCUCCAGACGUGCUUCUACAGACGUGCUUCUACAGACGUGCUUCUACAGACGUGCUUCUCCAGACGUGCUUCUACAGACGUGCUUCUCCAGACGUGCUUCUCCAGACGUGCUUCUACAGACGUGCUUCUCCAGACGUGCUUCUCCAGACGUGCUUCUCCAGACGUGCUUCUCCAGACGUGCUUCUACAGACGUGCUUCUCCAGACGUGCUUCUCCAGACGUGCUUCUACAGACGUGCUUCUACAGACGUGCUUCUACAGACGUGCUUCUACAGACGUGCUUCUUGA